CCUAAUUCGAACAACAAAGUACAGGACCUUGUACAUCCACAUAUGUAUCCUCUGGUGUAUCGUCACAGCGGGGUCUUCGAGGAAGAGAUUGUCGGUGUCGAGGAUGUCAUCACCAACUGGUCUGGCAAGGGUGCGGUGAUCCAAGGGAAGGACCCGUGGGAUCGAUUCAGAUACAAGGUCAGUGGUUCGGCCCCACCUGACUUCUGGUCCGUGAAGUACUCGUGGCUGCUUACCAAUAUUGCGUUCUACGAUGGCAGUACUGCUUGA